UUGAAACCUCUCUCGCUCCCAACUCAAACCUUCACCUUUCUCCGUAGUUUUCUCUGCGCUUUUGCCGUCUACUACUCUGUUUCUUCUUCAAUCCUCUUCUUCUUCUUCUUUCCCCCUUCCAUGUCAAUCCCUGUUCUUUCUCUUUGAUUUCACUUCCAUUUCUCCAUGACCCAAUUCAUUUAGCUCUUUCCUCUUCCCUUCCAUUUCCCCCUUAAUCACUUUCCCCCAUGGCUGCGGCCGCUGCUCUCAGGUCCAGGUCUUCCAAGGAAGUUGCUACCUUAACCCUUUCUCGUUGUAGACACUGUAUUUCCAAUUCUAUUCACGCUGCUUUCACUCCCAACAAAUCCAAUGACUGCUUUCUCAACUCACCUUACCACUUGGUCUCUUUCAAGCCCGUCUCACUCAGAGGCGACUUCUUUGACACCGGGACUCAACCUCUCGAUCAUCGGAGGAUUUACCAGAGUCCUACUAAGACCUUGAAUCACAGGUUGAGCAAGAAGGGUUGUUUUAUGAGUACUUAUGGGGACCCGCCGGAGGUGUGGUCUGGUGAUGGGAUUGUGAUUCGUGGGAGUAACUCAAGCUUGAAUGGUCGUGGAGGUGACGGUGGUAGUUCUAAUUCUGGUUCUGGUGGUGGCUUUGGCUCGAACUCCAAUGAUGGGUGUUGGGGUGGCUCUAGUCUGGGACCUAAUUUUCCUACUCCAAAGGAAAUCGCUAAGGGGCUUGAUAAGUUUGUGAUUGGUCAGGAGAGAGCUAAGAAGGUGCUCUCUGUGGGUGUUUACAAUCAUUACAAGCGGAUCUAUCAUGAAUCGCUACAAAGGCCGACAGGAGAUACAUUUAACAACAAAGCUGAUGCUGCUGAUGAUGAUAAAGUGGAACUUGAGAAAAGUAACAUUCUUCUGAUGGGGCCAACAGGCUCAGGGAAAACACUACUCGCCAAAACCUUGGCACGAUUUGUUAAUGUUCCAUUUGUUAUUGCGGAUGCAACUACCUUAACACAGGCAGGAUAUGUUGGAGAGGAUGUGGAGUCUAUAUUAUACAAACUUCUGAUGGUUGCUGAUUAUAAUGUGGCAGCUGCACAGCAGGGCAUUGUUUACAUUGAUGAAGUUGAUAAAAUUACCAAGAAGGCAGAGAGCCUUAAUAUUAGCAGAGAUGUGUCAGGAGAGGGCGUGCAGCAGGCAUUAUUGAAAAUGCUAGAAGGAACGAUUGUCAACGUGCCUGAGAAGGGUGCACGGAAGCAUCCCAGAGGUGAAAAUAUCCAGAUUGACACUAAGGAUAUUCUUUUCAUUUGCGGGGGUGCCUUCAUUGACUUGGAAAAAACCAUCUCAGAAAGGCGGCAAGAUUCUUCUUUAGGGUUUGGGGCCCCGGUUCGUGCAAACAUGAGGGCAGGUGGUGUUACAGAUGCCAUGGUUACCUCUUCUCUGUUGGAGACCGUUGAAAGUAGUGAUCUCAUUGCAUAUGGGUUGAUACCUGAGUUUGUUGGCCGAUUCCCAAUCCUUGUCAGUUUGUCAGCCCUAACAGAAAACCAACUUGUUCAGGUCUUGACAGAGCCAAAAAAUGCAUUAGGAAAGCAGUAUAGAAAGAUGUUCCAAAUGAAUGAUGUCAAGCUUCACUUCACAGAAAAUUCCCUGAGAUUAAUAGCAAGAAAGGCAAUGUCGAAGAACACUGGAGCACGGGGUUUGCGAUCGAUAUUGGAGAAUCUAUUGAUGGAUUCUAUGUAUGAGAUUCCUGAUGUUAGAACAGGUAAGGAUAUUAUUGAUGCUGUGAUUGUUGAUGAAGAAUCUGUUGGGUCAGACAGCCCCGGUUUUGGCGCCAAAAUUCUUUACGGAAAGGGUGCAUUGGAUCGCCAUCUUUCAGGACAAAAGGCAACAAGUCAGGAUUCAGAAAGAGAGCCAGAACCUGAAGGCGAAACAGAUCUUCCUUCUGUUGUUGCCAGCGGCAUGUAACCAAGAAUUUGUGGAAGUUUAUGUGUUAUACCUGUAAUAUUGUACAUAUUACUAGUCUACAUUUAUUAAUAAUUCAAGUGGAAAAUUAUUGUUAUAAAGAUUAACUGUUUCUCUUUUAAAAAAAAAAGUUACUUCAUUUUCAAAGUCCUCCUCAUAUAUUGAAAGGCCACAUCUUUUAUAGGCUUAUAGGCAA